UCGAUGCCCACGCUUCGUCGCUUAUCCCUCAUUCUUCGACAUCCACGCUCCUCAUCAUGCCCGUCCAAGACAGCAUCAUGACCAUCUCGCCUGGCCACACGACGGCGGCCAACGGUGGCGACGUCGUCGCGUGGCGUGAGACGUUCGGCCACCCCACGGACCUCAAGGACGAUGACGAGUACGAAGAGAACUUCCAGCGCAAGCGCCGCAACCGCAUCAUUGGCAUCUCGGCCGCCGCCUUGCUCGUCGUCGGCGUGGCUGUCGCCGUCAUUUGCACGCAGUCUGGUGGUACCGACGCAAGUGUGAGCUCGGGCAACAACGCACCGGGAGGCAAGUCUUCGACGCCUGUGCCGUCGUCGUCCAGCGCUGCGGCUACGUCCGGCGAAGUCUCGGUUGGCAACACAGGAGUCGGCGAUGCCACGAUUCCUGUCGCUACGACAUUCACCCACAUCUCGAUUGUCGAUGAUAACUCGACGACCACCAACAUUACAGAAACUGUGACGACGGAGCCCACCACCGUAACGCCAGAACCCACAACUGCGCAGCCGACGACCGAAGCGGCUUCGCACCUCGAAGAGGCCACCUUGGCCCCGAAACCCGCUCCUACGCCUGCCCCGACGCCGGCUCCUACGCCUGCCCCGACGCCAGCUCCCACACCUGCCCCGACGCCUGCCCCGACGCCUGCCCCGACGCCAGCUCCCACGCCGGCUCCUACGCCGGCCCCGACGCCAGCCCCGACGCCUGCACCGACCCCAGCCCCAAAGCCUGCCCCGACCCAAGCGCCCUCGCCACCGAGCCCCGCAGCAAUCGGGUCGGGUGUUUACCGCAUCAAGAACGGCUGCGACAAGCCUCUCGACCUGUGGUGGCGUACGCAGCCGUACAAGGACCACAACGCGCAAAUCGGCGGCGGCGGCACCAAGGACUUUGGCGUUGCCGACUUUGGCGCUGGCAACGUCAUGUUCAAGAGCGGAGCUGGCCAGGACGCGACGCUCUUUGAAGGCAAGCUCGCUGGCGGCAAGGUGUGGUACGACAUUUCGACGAUCCCGGACGAUUGCGGCGCGUCGUGGGACUUUUGCACUGGCAAGGGCAAGGGUUUCAACGUUGGUAUGAAGGUCGAGGUCGUCAACCCCAAGGGCGGCCCAAGCUGCAAGAACCUCACGUGCAUGCAAAAGGGUUGCGCUGAUGCGUACCAAGUGCCCAACGACAAGCAGACGUGGGUCUGCGACCAGUCGUCCUCGUACAUUAUCACGAUCUACUGCUAA